AUGUCUUUCCAGUCAGAAAAGGACAAACAGAGACUGAUUCAAGCUGCCAAAUUAUUCUUCUUACACAUAAAAGAUCUGGUAUCCUUCAUAAAUAAGUUUGUUGAACUGUUUAACCUCAAGAUGAAGACUCAGAUCCGCCCAAUGGAUCUGAAUGAAGAUAGUUACAUUAAAGAUUUCUUUGAACAAAUGGUCAAAAAUUUUAAAGAGAUGCAAGCUAUGGUUGAUAAAAAGCACAAACAAAUGCAAAAGGAGUCAUUGUGUUUCAACAUGGUGACUGCUGUGGAGAAGUGUGCCACCGUGGGUCCACACAACACAGCGAAAGAAAUGUUCAAAAAUAUCCAGACACCAGUUAUUGCCUCUGUGCUGAGAAGUCCUCUCCUUGGGAGUCUGGAAACUUCACUUUCACUCCUGAUAAAGUUCCCCAUCAUGGGUCUUCGAUUAAGUGACUUAUAUAGAGAAGAGACCAAAAAGCAGCGAGGUGCCGCCACAACUGAGAAAAGCACGAGUCCAGAAAGUCCCCAAAUCAUGCCAGAGGAUGCCUUGAGAAAGCUGCGAGAUGCCCUAAGAACUGAGGAUGUCGACAAGCCGCUGAAAACAGCUGCAGAUGAACUGGAACAGUUUGUCAAGACUAUGGAGCCAACCUUAGAGUUUCUUAAGAAAGCCAUAAAGAUCAUGGAAGGGGAUAUCUGCCCAUUUGGGGAAGCCGGGGCCAAGUAGAGGUGCACUGAAAGAUGUGUUCCUUCCUAUCUGAGAUCAACUUGAAUUCUCUAGGUUUUUUUGUGGCACUUCGUGCAUUCCGUUAAUGCUCAUGUGAGGUAUGUUAGAACUUAAGUGCAGAGAGUCAUCACCCG